AUGAAUCGUGAUCAUGUUCACAUCCUCUUGACCAUAGACUCUGUUUGUGUUUUGGAGCUCAAAGCUAUUGGAAAAGGAGUUGGUUCGGGCCCUUUAAGGAUUUUGGAUUUAAGUUCAGUUGGCUUUCAGGGAACGAACGCACUGCGUAGGGCUCGGGAACGCACUGCGUUCCCGUUGAGACUCGCGACCAGGAUUGCGAAGGAACGCCCAACGCUCUACAAGGGAACACCCUGUGUUCGUAAGUUUGAUGCCAAAGAAGUUCUUAAGAGGCUGAGGGGGAAAAGGGUAGUUUUCGUUGGAGAUUCUGUAAAUAGAAACCAGUGGAUAUCAAUGGUAUGUAUGCUUCAGACGGUCAUCCCUCCUGAGCUCAAGGAGAUGCGCAAAAUUCGUCAUGUGUCCUUACGCACCUUCAAGGCACUUGAAUAUAAUGUUUCUAUCGACUUUUAUUGGGCUCCAUUAUUGGUGGAAUCUAAUGCUGAUCAUCCAUUAAAACAUAAAACAAAUGAUCGUAUUGUUCACAUUGAAUCCAUCGAAAGGCAUGCUAAAUAUUGGGUUAAUGCAGAAGUACUAGUUUUUAACUCAUAUCUCUGGUGGAGGAUGCCUACAUUCAAAAUAUUGAAUGGAACACAUGGAAAUUCUACACAAUAUGAUGUUGUAAGCAACCAUCAUGGUUACAAUAUGGUUAUCAAAGUGUUUUCUAAAUGGUUACAUGAUCAUGUCAAUCACACAAGGACUCAAUUAUAUUUCAUGAGCAUGACUGCAACACAUCAUAGUGGCACAGAAUGGGGCAUGAAAGAUGAUCAGAAUUGCUUGAAUGAAACAGAUCUAAUAACCAAACAUAGGUUUUGGGAAAGUGAGUCGGAUUUAAAGCUGAUGAGAAUAUUACAAGUAUCGCUAAAUAAAUUGAAAGAAAAGGGGGUGAAUGUAAAAGUAGUGAAUAUAACACAUCUAACACAAUAUAGAAAAGAUGCACACCCUUCUAUUCACAGGUUGUAUAAUUAUCCUUUAACAACAACACAACUAGCCAACCCUUCAAGUUAUGCAGAUUGCACACAUUGGUGUCUUCCUGGUGUCCCAGAUGUUUGGAAUGAGUUGCUUCUAGCUUACAUUCUUGGCAAGCAUAAAUAA